AUGUGGGAGCCCCCACAGGGGGCUGAGGCAGCCCUGGCUUUUCUCUACUCCGGAGAUGCCCAACAGCUGCUGGGAGUGAAUUGCAGCAAGCAUUUUGAAGCUCGUGGGGCAGAAGCUAGACCAGGGAUCCCCUCAGUCCUACAGAGGGCAGCAGGCACUCUUGCUCAGGCUGCUAACUUCCUCAACAUGCUCCUUCAAGCCAACGACAUCCGUGAGUCCAGUGUGGAGGAGGAUGUGGAGUGGUACCAGGCACUGGUCCGCAGUGUAGCUGAGGGAGACCCAAGGGCCUACCGGGCUUUGCUAACUUUUAACCCUCCACCAGGGGCCAGCUACCUACAGCUGGCCCUGCAGGCGACCCGGAUGGGAGAGGAGACCAUCCUUCAGGAUUUGUCUGGGAACAGGGUGAAGGAGAGCCCAACUGGGGACCUGGACAGCCCUGCCCUGCAGAAGCGGGUGCUGACCAAUGACCUAAGGAGCCUCGAGAGCCCCAAGUGGCCACGGGGGGAUGGAUAUGUGGGGGACAUACAGCAGGUGAGGCUGUCUUCUCCCUUCCUGGAAUGUCAAGAGGGCCAGCUCCGUCCUGGCUGGCUGGUCACCCUCUCUGCCACCUUCUAUGGACUCAAGCCAGACCUCAGCCCAGAGGUCAGGGGGCAGGUGCAGAUGGACAUAGAUCUCCAGAGUGUGGACAUCAAUCAAUGUGCAAGCGGCCCAGGCUGGUACUCUAAUACACACUUGUGUGAUCUCAACAGCACCCAGUGUGUCCCCCUGGAGGGUCAGGGCUUUGUCCUUGGUCACUACCUCUGCCACUGCCGACCUGGAUUCUACGAGGAAACAGACUCUGGGGGAUUAGGGAGUGCCACACAGACUACGGAACAAUCUGGGUCCCAACAGGGCAGUUCAGGGAAGCUGCUUCAGUGUCAGCCAUGUCCCGAGGGCUGCACCAGCUGCAUGGAUGCCACACCGUGCCUGGUGGAAGAGGAUCUGGCAUUGCGGGCAACAGUGCUGGCCUUCCAGGCCUGCUGCAUGUUGGCUGUCUUCUUGAGCAUGCUGGUUUCCUACCGCUACCGCUGGAGCAAGAGGAUCCGGGCAUCUGGAGUUGUUCUGCUGGAAACUAUCCUUUUUGGAUCCCUGCUUCUGUACUUUCCUGUCUUCAUUCUGUACUUCAAGCCCAGUGUAUUCCGCUGCAUCGCUCUUCGCUGGGUCCGGCUGCUGGGUUUUGCCAUCGUCUAUGGGACCAUCAUACUCAAGCUUUAUAGAGUGCUUCAGCUGUUUCUGUCUCGAACGGCCCAGCGGGGCCCGCAUCUGAGCAGUGGGAAGCUGCUGCGGUGCCUAAGCCUGCUCCUGCUGCUUGUUCUGUGCUUCCUGGCUGUGUGGACAGCGGGUGUCCUGGAGAGAGGCACCCAGCACACACCUCUGGUGACCCGAGGCCACACUACUACUGGCCGCCACUUCUACCUCUGUCACCACGACCGCUGGGACUACAUCAUGGUUGUGGCUGAGAUGCUGCUGCUGUGCUGGGGCAGCUUCCUCUGCUACACCACCCGGGCUGUCCCCUCCGUCUUCCAUGAACCACGCUACAUGGGCAUCGCCCUGCACAACGAGCUGCUGCUCUCUGCUGCCUUUCACACAGCCAGGUUUGUGCUGGUUCCUUCCCUGCAUCCAGACUGGACCCUCCUCCUCUUCUUCUUCCACAGUCACAGCACAGUUACUGCCACACUGGCUCUGAUCUUCAUCCCUAAGUUACGGAAACCAGGGGCGCCUCCACGGGAGGAGAUCUUGGAUGAAGUAUAUGAAGAUGAGCUGGACCUGCAGCACUCAGGCUCCUACCUCAAUAGCAGCAUCGCCUCAGCUUGGAGUGAGCACAGCCUGGACCCGGGGGACAUACGGGAUGAGUUAAAGAAGCUCUAUGCCCAGCUGGAGGUCUGCAAGACCAAAGAAAUGGCUGCUAAUAACCCUCAUUUGCCCAAGAAGCAAGGCAGCUCACGUCAGGGACUGGGCCGCUCCUUCAUGAGAUACCUGGCUGAAUUCCCCGAGGCCCUGGCCCGGCAGCAUUCAAAGGACUCAGGCUCACCGGGCCACAGCAGCUUGCCUGGCUCCUCUCGCCGCAGGCUCCUCAGCUCCAGCCUCCAGGAAGCCAAGGGGCCCCCAGCCCUGUGCAAGUCCCACAGCACCUACAACCAAGGGGAACAGGACUCACCUCUCCUCAACUCUCUGCUGAGAAGGAACCUGUCCAAGAAAGCCUCUCGAAUAGAAAACCAGGAGUUGGUGGAGGGGCCCUCUGCCCUGAGCUUCAGGUCAGCCAGUGCCCACAAUCUAACGGUGGGAGAAAGGCUCCCCAGAGUCCGGCCCACCUCUCUGCAGAAGUCACUCAGUGUGGUGACUGGCUCCAGGGAAAAGGCCCUGCUGGUAGCCAGCCAGGCCUACCUGGAGGAGACCUAUCGGCUGGCAAAGGAGAGAGAGGAGCGAAAGAAAGCCGAGGUGGCUAUGGUGAGCCCAGUGCGGAGGCCAUCAGCCAGGAGGUUGGAGCGGACUCGAGGGGCCCCCCUGUCAGCUCCACCUUCCCCUGCGAAGAGCAGCAAUAUGGACAGCUCUCGUGCCUCUGGGAAUCUUCAUGAGGAAGCUAGAAGAAGGCUGCCUCACCCACCCAUCCGGCACCAGGUCUCUACGCCAAUCCUGGCCUUGUCUGAAGCCUGCCUGGGAGAGCCAAGGACGCUUUCUCCCACCUCCACCUUGGCCCCAGCUCUAACGCCAGCUCUGGCUCCAACACCCCACCCUGCCCUGGCACCCGUCCCAGUGCCCCCCCAGAGUCCCAGCUUACUCACCUUCAUCUGCCCCUGGGAGAAUGCAGAACUGCCAGUCAAGAAAGAAAAUGUGGUCCCAGAAGGUCCUUCAGGGACAGAGCAAGGCAGCCACUCCACUGCCCCAGCUAGAGCCAGGCUCUGGAGGGCCCUCUCUGUUGCAAUAGAGAGAAAGGGCACUGGGGAGAAUGAGAUGGACAAAGAAGACGGGUGUCUCCAGGGAGAGGCUGAUGAUGUGGAAGAAGACAAGCCCAAAAUCUCCAAAUCCCACAGCCUUAAGACUCCUGUGCAGCAGGGCUCCAUGCGCAGCCUGGGCCUUGCUAUCAAAGCUCUGACACGUUCUCGGAGCACAUAUAGAGAGAAGGAGUAUGGGGAGGGCAGUCCUGAGAAGGAAAAAGGCAGGGCUGCAGGCACCAGUGUGGGGGCUUCCCCUCGAUCUCCCAGGCUAGGCCGGCCCAAGGCCGUGAGCAAGCAGGCUGCCCUUGCUCCCUGUGAUGAUGAGGAAUCCUUCCAGAACCAACAGAAUGCCCACACCAGCAGAAUACUCCAAGUCUAUCACCAGGAGGGCAACAGAGAAAAAGAGGACAAAGGUAGGAAGACAUCCCAGAGUCUAGGGGAGUGGAAAGUAGAGAAAGCAGGUAAAACAGGGCUUGCCACACUGAGGCAAAUUUUGGGGGACAAAAGUGCUGAGCAAGCAAAGGAAGCCCCUGUUGGGAAGCAGGAGCGAUCCAAUGCUGGCCUCCAGCCUCUAGGCAGUGCUGGCCACUGGGUGGCAGAGGUAUGCCCCUGGGAAGUCACUGAGUCAGAAACAUGUCAGCUGGACAGUAGCAACAAGGCCAAAAUUUGCCCCUGGUUGGAAAGUGAAGCAGCAACUGAGAGGAAAGCAUCAAGACAAGAUUUAGGUGACUCCCAAGAAGAGACAGGGAAAGCCUCAGAGCCCAAAGGUAUGGUUGCCAUUGCUCAGAAAAAGCCAGAGAAGCUGGUCAGGGGCCAGGAGGCAGUGUAUCCCUGGGAAAGUAUCAAUCCUGGAGGUCUAUCCCAUCUGUCAGCCCCUCAGGACUCUGAUAAAACCCAAGACAGGUCUGAGGCAGUGGGCAGUGUGGAGGUGAGAAGAGUGGAGAAGCAUCAAGGGGAAGCCACUAGCCCAGAGGCUUGUUCACCUACCACUACCGAGGCAGAGCUGUACCCCUGGGAGGCAAGUGACAGGGAGCAAGGGACACCAGCUCAAGAAGUUAAGGAACUCCUCCAGGAAAAGCAGAAAGUCCCCAAGGAAACAACCUUCUGGAGCGCACAGAAACUAGAUGGAGACCUGGAGUCUCUCUGUCCAUGGGAGAGUACAGAUUUUCGGGGCCCCUCGGCAGUUCCACUUCAUGCCCCUGGAAGCCCAGGGUACUCAGGGAGUUUGGGCAGUAGCCUUGUGGAGGUGUGUCCAUGGGAGGCAGGAGAUGAACGUGCUAAUAGGAAAGCAGAGGUCUGCCCCUGGGAGCUGAGUGAUGAGCUAACAGGGAAGGAAGCAUUGAGUCAGGGGGUGGUUGGGGAAUCUCUCCCUAGAAAGGAGAAAUCCUUCAGAAAGGGGAGCUCAGAAGAGAUAGGGAAUCAAACUGUGAAAGCAGUGCCAACAGCAAGUCAAUGGCACAAGUCAGUGUGCCUCCAAGAGGGCACAGCCCCUGUGUGGUCCAGCCCAUGUUCAGACAACUCCUCAUCCAAAGCUGGUGGCCAAAUCCUAAGCAAUAGGGACAGCAGAGCAAUGGUGUGUCCAUGGGAAGUGCUCAAGCCAGAAGAAAAGAAAGCAAUACCUGCCACAGCAGAAGUCUGUCCCUGGGAGGUAGAUGGAAGAACAGAGAACUGGACAUCAGGGCAGGCACCAAAAGAAGAAUCUCAAAAGAACAAGGAGAAAAUCCCUGGAAAAGAAGGAAUCCAAGAUGUCACGGCAUGGGAAAAGCCUGAGAGGCAGAUCCAAAAGCAGGAAUCAGUCUGCCCCUGGGAGAGUGUGGACCCUGGCAGCUUUCCCCAAGACCCAGAGAGAUCCCAAGCUAUUUUCCAGGGGCCAGGUAAUACGGGAAGCAAAGCUGCUGAGAUCUGCCCAUGGGACAUAGAGGAAACCCUAACAGCCAAGAAGGCAAAGAUCUGUCCCCGGGAAGUGGGUGCUGGAGCAGAGGAGGAAAAGGCUUUAGGAGCUGAGGCCAUUAGUAACUCUCCAAACCAUAUAGGAAAGACUUCUGCAGAUUCUAGAUCCAAGCAGACAGCUGUUACUGCUCCAAAGAAGUCAGAGAGACCUGCACUGGAACAGGAGGUGGCCUGUCCCUGGGAUAGCUUUUGUUCAGGGGGCUCCUCUCAGCAUUCAGACACUCUGGACCCUGACAGACCAAAAGCUGGACUCCAGGAGCUGGAGCAUGUGGGCUGUAGGCCAGCAGAGAUAUGUCACUGGGAAGUGGAAGAAGCUCCCAUUAAUGAAAAAGCCAAGAUCUGUCCCUGGGAGGUAAAGGAAAGAGCUACUGAGAAAGGAAUGGAGAAAAAGAUGAAUCAAUCAGCAGAACAAUGGGAGAAAACUCUAGAAAACAGGAGACUCACCUCCCAGGGAGAAGGCAUAUCAAAAUGGGAGGCAAAACUCCAUCAAGAGCAGGAAGCUAUUUGUCUUUGGGAGGACAAGGACUUAAGGGAAUCAUUUGAUCAGGUCCCCAAGGUCUCAGACUUGUCUAGCAGCACUAGUAGCCAGGUGGCAGAGGGACAUUCCUUGGAAGUGAGUGAUGAAGCUACAGAGAAGGGGGAUGUGAGACAAGACCCAAAGACAGACUGCUCAGAACACAUGACCGAAGAAAAAGCUCCAGCUUUGAAAGCAGAAGUCACUACUGAACACAGAGAAAAAACAAGCAACAAGCUCCAAUCUGUCUGCCCUUGGGAGAACAUGGCUCCAGCAGGCUCUUCCUCCCACUCCAACAGUCAGUGCCUUGACCAGUCCAGAGCCAGCUCGCAGAGCCUGGUCAGUGCUGGGGGCAGAGUCACUGAGGUGUGUCCAUGGGAUGUUCCUGGCCUGGAUAGCUGCACUAAGGCUGAGAUCUGCCCGUGGGAGGUGACUGAGCGAAUCCCUGAAAAAGGGGUAUCAAGACCAGAUGGAAUGGGGGAAUCUCAAGAGAAGGAAAGAACCCCAGAAAAAUCAGAGCCCAAAGGUGUAGCAAUUCAGAAAACAACAGAGACAGGUAACCUCAGGAAGCAGAAGAUUGUGUGUCCUGGGGACAGUCAAGACUGGGAGGAUCUGUCUCCACAACCAGCCUCAAGCACUUCUGAAGGAAGCAAAGGCAGUACUGAGGCAGCAGGCUGCAUGGGGGCUGGAGUCGCAGAAGUGUGUCCAUGGGAAAUAGAGGAGGCUCUCUCUGCCAAGAAAGCAGAGAUCUGCUCUUGGGAGGUGAGUACAGGAAAAGCGGGGGGACUGGAACAAGGGCUGGAUGGAGAAUCACAAGGGCAAGGAGAGGUGUUCCUUCAAAAGACAGAAUUUGGAGGGGUUGAAGGACACUUUCCAAAAGCAGCAGCAAAACUCAACAGUAAGCAAGAGACAGUGUGCCCCUGGGAAGACACAGGGUCAGAGGGGCUUCUCCUCCAGCCAGACACUCUGGACACCAACCACACCAAUGUCAGCCCCCAUGGAGCAAGCAGCCUGGAAAGAAUAGCAGAGCUGUGUCAAUGGGAAGUCACAGAUCCAGAAGGAAAUAUAAUAAAGGGCACCAUGGCAGACAUCUAUUCUUGGGAGGAAACUAGAGCCCCUUUUGAGGAAUCUGGCCUCCUAGCUUUAACAGCAACACAGACAGAAAAUGUCAUUCCAUCCCCUGAGCAAUCACUAUGCCUUUUAGUUCACAGACCUUUGGAUAGCUUCCUUUCAGAAAGCAAGAGCCCCCACCCCAAGGUGAACAAGCCAGCCAGUACUUUUACUCUGGAAGGUGUCAGAGAACUACAAGGACCUUCAGGGCUUGAGCCAAUGACCAACUUGGCUUCGGAGCCAAGUCUCCAAGAAGCUAAGGCUCCGAAGUCUUCCUCCUUAACUGGAGACCAAGGACUAAUAGCUUCUGAAGUUCAAGAUGAAGAACUCAGCCCUCCACCUGCCUAUCCUUAGGCCUGGGAAUAACAGCUUCAUCUGGUGAGGUCAAAUACUGAGCUAGCCUUCAGGAGCCAAGGUCCUUUCUAAAUCCUGGUGUUCCCAAAGAGCUGAAUCAAAGACACUUGGUCACUUCCCCUCCCUAGGAAAGCCAGAAGACAACUAAUUCAAAAGACAAAUUGUACAAGAAGGAUGCAGUAUGGACAGCAAGGGAAGUCCACCCUCUCUUUACUUUUCUUCCUGCUGGAGGAAACAACAGCUAGACCUUCUGUUUCCAAAGAAUCCUCCUGCUUGUCCAGAAUACUUGACACAGCCAUGUGAGUCAGAGAACCCAUUUGUAAGGCCAGUGUCAGCAAUGAGAAGCAGUCAGCAGUGCCCACAUUAGGGAGACUCAACAAUUAAGUCUACCAAAUUUCCAUUUGUUGAAAAGAAACUGAACCUCACAUAGCACUGGCAACACAGGGACUAUUACCAGAGAAGGCUAAAUUGCUGUAUGAAUCUAAGGAAGUCAUUUAAUUCAAAUUAAAAGUUAAGUUGGGGGGGAAACUAAAAGGUCUUGCCACUUAAAUAUAGUGACUUUUUACUCUGAGUCUCCCAUUUUUGCUUCAUUGUUUCUCAUACCUGCCCUGCUUGCCUGUGAAGUAGAAACAAUAAGGUAUUCUGACAUCAUGUGAACAUCUGGCAUUGAAAGUGACAUCAGAGACAUCACAGAGAACAGAGGAGAAGCAGUUUUUCCAGGUCCUCCACUCCAGGCAAGGUGGAGUUUUCCUUUCUGUAUGUCUUCAGUAUGCCUCCCACUAGCUUUUUUCUCCAUCUGUCCCAGGUCUUGCUAUCCUGUCCCAGGUCUUGCCAGUCGCCAGAGCUCAUCUCACUAACCUGUUCUCCUUCUUCUAGUCUUUGAGCACUGUCUGCAACAAGACCCUUCUUUUACUAAUGCCACAGGAGCCAAUGGAGAAUUUCUGCUUCUCGUGCAAAACCACUACAAAUCACUUGCUUAGUAACAAGAGGCCACACCAGUCUCCUUCCAGAGGAGCCCAAGAAAGAAAAGAAGUCCUGUUUAUAGCCAAUAUUCAAACUACUUCUGCUCUCAGAAAGAGUAGAGCUCUGGGGCAGUUGAGAAGCCAGAGGGCCAGGACAGGCAUGAUGCAAACACAAGCUCUUCUUUCUUAGGCAGUUCUCUCUUAGCUUGACUCUCUUCUCAACCGUUAGUUCAGGUUACCCUUGCUUAAGCAGGGCUAGGUAACAGAGUGCUUGAGGUUAGAUGAUACUAGAGGGAAAUGAGGAAGGAGAAAAAC